CCAAUGAGGGAGAAAGCGCACGUGCACAUAGUGACUCGUGUCCAACCGUGUCCGGGAUUUCCUUGGAGCUUAUUUCUCCUCCUCCUGCCAGUGAGGAUAAAAAGGCUCAUUUCACUCACGUUCAUAUAGUUUGUGUACAAUCUCUCACGAUGCUGCAGCUGUUGACAUUCCUGGUGCAGAGAAUCUCCCUUCUCUCCAAACUCAAUCUUUUUGAGUCCAGCUGGUCUGAGGAUGAGGACCGGCCGAGGCACGAGCAUCGCUGCCCACCACAUACAAUCCGGAGGGGGGACCUGCUGGAGGUCCCUAGGACCCUCUUCACCCACUACGGAAUUUAUUUGGGUGAUAAUAGAGUCGCUCACCUGAUCCCUGACAUUCUGCCUGUGCUCACAAGCGACCAGAAGCUCAUCAGCUCCGUUAUCACGAACAAGAGGCUCAUCCUGGGCUGCAUGUACAGGUGUGCCACGGUGCGCGUGGACACGCUAGAGGACUUUGCGUACGGCUCUAAUAUACUGGUGAACCACAUGGAUAAGAUGAUGAAGAAUCAAGCGCUCCCCAAUGAAGAUGUGGCAAACAGGGCUGAAAAACUUAUAGGAAGAAUCCAGUACAGUCUGCUGUGGAAUAACUGUGAACACUUUGUGACUUACUGUAGGUACGGAUCUGCAGCCAGCCGUCAAACAGACAAGUUCUGCGAGUACCUGAAAUCCAUCAUCAGAGACCAGCGCAGCGUGAUUGCCACAAGCCUUCUUGGGUUUAUCUCUAUCGUCUCUUUUGGCAUGGCACCGGCAACUACAUUACCCACGAUCCUUAUCCCUUUUACUCUGUGGAUGGCUGGUUGAAUUGGUUCAGUUCAAUGAGCCUGCUGACGAAGUGAGCUGAACUUUUUCCACUGACUGGAAACCUGCUCAGGAUGGUUUGGGCUUGUCAUGUGAUGCCUUUAUGAGUCUGUUUGAACCUAUACUUUGGUUGUAUUGUGUCGGAAAUGUGUGAAAUGUGUUGUUGAUUCAUGCUUUAAUAGUUUCCUACAUGCCUUAUAUUUGUCCUGUCACAAAUUCUUUUAUAUAAGAAUGGUGUGUUUGGGAUACAUUUGGCUAACAUUUGACUCACUACAAAAGCUAACAUGCAAUCUAAACAAUAUGUUCAUGUAUAUAUAGUUUGUAUUUUAUAGUAGUGCCCUUAAUAUAAUGUUGUAAAUAUGACAAAUGUUGAAUAAACAAUUUAUAUUUA